AUGCAGGCCUUGCACUUGAAUGUGAAGUUGCUGACAGGACAGAUGCAUUCCCUGGAUACCCAUGCUAGCAAAACCAUCUGGGAUCUCAAAAUCCAAAUUGCCCAGAAAUCAGGGGUGCCACCAUAUCAGCAGAAACUGGCCUGCCAGAACAACAGUCACAUUGACCUGCGGGAUGGGGCCCAACUGUCUGAGUUUGGGCUGAAAUCUGAAGAUACCAUCGUGCUGGUGGUCAAAAACGAAGAGCUCAUUACCAUCUUCCUGAAGAAUGACAGAGGCAGAACCAGCACAUACCAGGUCAUGCCUUCGGAGAAGGUGGAAAUCUUCAGAGCCCGGGUUCAGCAACAAGAGAACAUCCGGGAACAACAGUUCUGGCUGACUUAUGAUGGGAGGCCUUUGGAGAAUGGCCAUAAACUGUCAGAUUACAACAUUGCCCCACACAGCACCAUCUUCCUGAACCUGCGCCUGCGUGGUGGCUGCAUUGGCAGAGCAUCCCUCCUGAGCUUAGCUCAGUGUUUCUCUGAUUUUUAA